UCCUAGUAAAUUUGAAAUAUUUAGUUAAAAAAAUAAUAGAGCUAAAAAAUAAUGAUGAUCAAGCUGCAACAUUUUACUGUUUUUAUUCUAAGUGUUCUAGUUCUUGUGGCGAAAGCUGCAAUAUUGUCACCCUCAACAAAUGACGUUAAUAUGUUUGUUCAGAACCUGGAAAACUCAAAAUCUUCAAAUUCAACUCAAGGUUUUAAUGUGUCUGUUCCAUUGAACGUAACCAAAGCUAGUCUCAAUACAAACGAAACUAAUGGAGGUAACAGCACAAUUAUGGAUAUCUUAAAAUCUUCAAAUUUAACUCAAGGUUUUAAUGUGUCUAUUCCAUUGAACGUAACAGAAGCUAGUCUCAAUACAACCACCACUGAACAAGGUUAUAUAUCAAGCACAACUGAGUCAGUUACUGAAGCACCAGUAGUGUUCGAUAUGUUGGGCCGAGGAUUUUCUAAGCUCAGCGGUUACGUUUCAAACCUUUUCUCUAGUGGAUAUGGUUCAGAAUCUGGAAGAAGUUUGGGUGGUUCGUUUUGGAGUAUUAUUUAAAUGAUUAUAGAGAACAUUUUAAUAUAUUGGCGUAUAAUUACUCAACACAUACAUUAAUUAAUUAAAGAAAGAUAUUAAGUAAUAAUAAUGUAACAAUUGAUUC